AGAGAGAGGUGCGAGUAGGGGAGAAGUCAUCUUCUUUAUUGCUUCAAGAGUCAAUCUUCUUCAACUUAAUGAUCACUCUAUUCUUUUAGGGUUCUUUAAUUUUUUUUUGUAACUCUUUUUUUGUUUGUUUGUAAUGAUAUCAUUUAAUAACAUGAAAAAGAGUCAAUAAUCAUCUUCUCUAUCUUUAAUCUAUACAAUAAUUGAAUUAAAAGGUGGACUGAGAAUUAAUUAACUACACCAUGUAGACCCUAAAUAAAAGAAAACAUGCUCUUUUCUUUACAUAUUGGCUAUAUACAUAGGACAAUUAAAGAGUUUGGCAUAAAUGUUGUUGCUUCAUCUCUCUCUAUCUCAUUUAUCUUACCUUGUAGAGUGUGAAUGUAUAUAAUUUUGUAUGCAUUAGCUAUAAGACAAUGAAAGGGAUGAUAUUAAAAAAAACACCUAGAACUGAAAAGUACAAGACACCAUAAUCCUCCAUCUUUGAUUUUAUCUCUACACCCAACUAAGCCAACGAAGCAACACAACUCGACUUCUUCUUUGUUUCUUCAAGAGUCACAGAGAGGCACGUAAAAGAUUUAAUAGAUUGAUUUAGGAAUGGAGAUAGGGGAGAGCCAUGACAGGGGUAAAGACGAGUCCGCUGCCAUUCAAACGUCGCCGAGGAGUCCCUUAAGCUCCAUAGAUCUCGCCAUGGACGGUGCCGUGAACGCUUCCAUCGAGCAGCUCUAUCACAACGUCUGCGAAAUGGAGAGCUCCGAUGACCAAUCCCCCUCGAGGGCGAGUUUCAUCUCCUACGGAGCUGAGUCAAGAAUCGAUCUGGAGCUGAGGCAUCUCGUGGGAGGAGAUGUUGGAGAGAGAAAGAAAGAUAUUAUCUCGGAGAAGAAAGAGGAAACUAACAACGACGGGAGUAAAAACAGAGGAGGUGACUUGAGUCACAAGAAACCAGGUGAAUCCAAAAAAACAAGCCCUAAAUCGAGAACCCUCGGAUCGAGAAGAUCUCCUGAUCUCAAGAAGGCUUCUGUGGAUGAUCAGGAGAGUCCUGAGCUCGGUCCCUCGCUGUUGAAGCAAGCCAGAGAGUUGGUUUCAUCAGGCGAGAAUCUGAACAGAGCUCUUGAUUUAGCGUUACGUGCGGUGAAAGCUUUCGAGAAACGUGUUGAAGGAGAUAAACAACAAGGGCUGAACCUGGUCAUGUCUCUGCAUAUCUUGGCAGCGAUCUACGCCGGUUUAGGUAAAUACAACGAAGCUGUUCCUGUUCUCGAACGGUCCAUCGAGAUACCGAUGAUAGAAGACGGCGAGGAUCACUCCUUAGCCAAGUUCGCAGGGUGCAUGCAGCUCGGCGACAUGUACGGCCUAAUGGGCCAAGUCGAAAACUCGCUUCUCCUCUACACAGCAGGUCUGGAGAUUCAAAGACAAGUUCUCGGAGAGACGGAUCCGCGAGUAGGCGAAACGUGUCGGUACCUAGCGGAAGCUCACGUCCAAGCGAUGCAGUUCGAGGAAGCCUCGAGGCUCUGUCAAAUGGCGUUAGACAUACACAAAGAGAACGGUUCCAACGCUACGGCUUCAAUCGAAGAAGCUGCGGAUAGAAAACUCAUGGGACUCAUCUGCGACGCCAGAGGCGACUACGAGGUCGCGCUCGAGCAUUACGUUCUAGCGAGCAUGGCGAUGUCGUCGCAGAACCACAGAGAAGACGUCGCGUCGAUAGAUUGUAGCAUCGGUGAUGCCUACAUGUCUCUAGCGAGGUUCGACGAGUCGAUAUUCGCGUACCAGAAGGCUUUGGCUGUGUUUAAACAGUCCAAAGGAGAGAGUCAUUCCUCUGUGGCUUCCGUUUACGUCAGGCUUGCUGAUCUCUACAACAAGAUUGGGAAGCUGCGAGAUUCCAAGUCAUACUGCGAAAACGCGCUUAGGAUAUACCUAAAGCCGUCUCCGGGGACACCGAUGGAAGAGGUCGCGACUGGUUUUAUAGAGAUCUCUGCGAUAUAUCAGUCGAUGAACGAGCUUGAACAAGCGCUUAAGCUGCUGAGACGCGCGUUGAAGAUAUAUGCGAACGCUCCGGGGCAACAGAACACGGUUGCUGGUAUCGAAGCUCAGAUGGGUGUGAUCUCUUACAUGAUGGGGAGCUAUCCUGAGUCGUACAGCAUUUUCAAGAGCGCGGUUUCGAAGUUUCGAAACAGCGGAGAGAAGAAGACGGCUCUCUUUGGGAUUGCGUUGAACCAGAUGGGACUUGCGUGCGUCCAACGUUACGCGAUCAACGAAGCUGCGGAUUUGUUUGAAGAAGCGAAAGGGAUUUUGGAGAAUGAGUGUGGACCGUACCAUCCAGACACGUUGGCGGUUUACAGUAACCUUGCUGGAACGUACGACGCAAUGGGAAGGUUAGAGGAUGCUAUAGAGAUACUAGAGUAUGUUGUUGGGACAAGAGAGGAGAAGCUUGGGACGGCGAAUCCGGAGGUUGAGGACGAGAAGCAGAGGCUAGCUGCGUUGUUGAAAGAAGCUGGAAGAGGAAGGAGCAAAAGAAACAGAGCGCUUCUUACUCUUUUGGACAACAACCCUGAGAUUGAACCGAACUGUGGGCAGAGACCGGUUUAUUGAUGAACCGGGUUAUGGUCCGGUCGAAAAUGUAUAUAUAUACAAACUACGAGUUCAUUAUACAGUAAUCACACGGCCGAGAGAAAAAAAGAAAGAAGAGGUUUUAUGUUUUCUGAUUUUGUCAGAAUUUCUGAUUCAGAAUACUACAAACAUUCAUGUUACAUUUGUAUUUGUAUCUACUGGCUUUUGAUUUU